CAUUUCCUGCGCAGCUUCUCCUUUUCCUUCGCCCGGAGCCCGCGGGGUCGGGCAGUGCCGAUGGCCGCGGCUCGGCUCCUGCUCGGGCAGCUCAGCCUCCUCCCGCUGCGGCUCUCCGGUGUGGAUGCCCAGGGGAGUCAGGACUUUGAGCUGCUGCAGCCCCAGGACAAGGUGUCGGUGGCAGCGGGGGACACGCUCACCCUGACCUGCACCACGUCUGGGGGCGGCCUCGUUGGCCCCGUGAAGUGGCUGAAGGGCUGGGGCAGCGGGAACGAGACCAUUUAUGAGCAGACGGGCUCCUUCCCCCGCGUGACGAGGGCAGAGAAUGGGUCCAACACAGACUUCACCAUCCGCAUCAGCGACGUUCAACCUGAGGAUGCCGGCACCUAUUACUGCGUGAAGUUCCGCAAAUUGCUGGGCAGUGCUGAUGAGGUGUCCCAGCGUGGAAAGGGCACGGUGGUGUCCGUACACAAUGCAGCCCUGGUUCCCAGCAUGGUGGCUGCAGCUGUAAUGCUCUGCUUCCUCCUCCUCCUCGGCCUCUUCAUCGUCUUUUGCAUGUACAGGAGGAAGCACAGAGGCGAGGCAGAUAGCCAGUGCCUGGCCAGGCCAGUGGCCAUGGGCAGCUUCUUGCCCAUCCCACUGCGGUGCUGUGCAGGGACCCCCAGCACCCCCAGCAGCGAAAUCCUGGAUGCCGAGCGCUCACAUCUGCCCAGCCAGAAAACCAGCAAGGAAGACAAUGACAUCCACUACGCCGAUCUCCAGCCCCUGCCCGCAGCCCGGCAGCGCGGCCGGAGCCCCGGCGCAGCCUGCUCCGAGUACGCCAGCAUCAGGGUAGCUGCCAAGUGACGUGUGGCACCGCAGCCUGCGAGGCCAAAGAGCUCUUUUUGGGGGAGGAAGCAGGGAUGUUUCUGCAGGGCACAAUAAAGAAGUAGAUCUGUUUGCGUGGCAUGCCCCCGCCCAAGCUCGGCACGCCGUGCUGGGAGCUGGCAAAGCUCCCCGAAUUCCUUCCCAUCUCAGCAGCGGUGCAGGGUGAGGCUCAGGGCCGGACCCACCGUGCCGGGGCUCAGCAGCAGCUCUGUCAGGACCCAGCAGCCACCUCCAACACAGGGUCAGGCCACGAAGCUGAGCACCUCUGCCUUGUGCAAGCUGCUCGGUGCCGAUUCCACCGGGAGGACAUCACACGUGCCUGUCUCCACCAGGACAGGCCACCACCAGCACUUUCCUGGCUCAGCAGGUCCAUCAUUUCUGUUACCUUGUCACCGUACCGAGCCCGUCCUCAUUAAAGCCAGCAAACAGC